AUGCCGAAGAAUAGUCAUCACCAUCGUUCCAGUUCGACAAAUUCCACAAAGAAUCGUUCUACGGAGUCUACGAAUAAAUGGAAAAUUCCGCACUAUUAUCGAAGAUCCGCUAGCGGCAGUACGCAAGCCUCGCCAGAUAGGAGUUCUUCUUCGACUAGUGUAUGUAGCACUCCAAUACUUCCUACCAUGAACGUAAUGUCUAGCCCGAAGAAGGUUUUGCUGGAAGAUUCCAGGGACAACAAUACCAAGUCAAAAAAGGCUGGUAGAAGGAAGUCAGGUGAGAUGGUCUUUGUUAAUUACACCGUGCAAGACACGUCUAAUGAAGGUGAUGCUGAAUCGCAGACCAAAACUGUGUCUGUCCCAGCGCCAAAGGCGAAACUAAAAAAGAAAUCUUCUAAGAGGAGGAUGUUAAAGAUAUUUGGAUCAUCAAAGAGUGAGCAUAUAGAAGACAUUGUCGAAGAACAACCAAUGGCUCUACCAAUGGAAUCAGAGUUGCAAUCCCAAUUUGGAACCCCUAUCUCUGAAUGCGGAUUCGAUACCUCAUCAUUGACCGUCAAGAGAUCCUACAACUCGUUUUUGAAACAUAACAAAUUGCACGGCAAAGCCUCAUUCUCCAAUGGCCUAUCCUUUCCGUCAUUAAACAUGAUUGGAAAUAAUAAUGAUGUGUCCAUUGAGAAUAAUAAUUUUGGUUCUGAGAGGGAAGUGGUUCCGAAAUCAACUCAUGAUCCUUCGCUAGCGAAACCACCAUCGAGAUUCAAUGAAACUGAAAGAAACUCGGCCCCCAAUUUGUCAAGUAUACCUCUUUUGAACACAAAAAACACAAGAUUGAAGUAUAAUAAAGCAACAUCUCAAACUUUGGACCGACAAAGACUACAAGAAAGUGGCUUGUAUCAUUCCACUGAGUCUUUCAACUUCAAAGAUCAAAGUUGCAGUACCAAUAAAUCUUCCUUAAGUCUAAGUUCCGAUUCAGGAACUCCUCACUUGACAAAAAAUUCACCUGAUUCACCAAGAACAUCAACAUCCUUCAAUUGCGGGAACUCACAGAGCAAGGUUAAAUUGCCGGAGGAGAACGAUGCUUCUAUUGCAUUCAGUAAAAUGUUUACCAGAAAAAGAGCUAACACUGGCGGGUCCACGUGUUCGCUAGCUUCACCUACGAUUUCACAAACUAUUCAACAAUCCAACAUAAAAGUCAAUAAACUGCCAACUCAACGAACAACUUCAGUUGGCUCGCUAUCAUCCAUGUCUAAUCGCUAUUCCCCUAUAAGAGUUGCAUCGCCGGGAAGGGCAAGAUCUGGAACACGCGGAUCUUCCCUCUAUAGAUUAUCGAGAGAUUUAAACUCCUUGCCAAGUGUUACUGAUUUACCAGAAAUGGAUAGCACCACCCCGAUUAAUGAAAUAUUCUUGGAUAGUCAACUUCAGCAUAAAAAUGGUAGUACUAAAGUUGGACAUAGAAAGAAGCAGGAAUCCAUUUCUGAUGCUCAAAGAAACCAAAAUUCAACUUCGUACAUCACAACCCCCUCAUCAUCUCUAGUGACCCCCCCUUACUAUAUGACCGGGUUCACAUUAGCAAGUUCGGCGUCAGCGUCUUCAACGCCAAAUGUGCUUGAAACUAAUAAUAUGAAUUUUGUUCAAAGUGCUAAUACUGUUACGAGUUCUCGUCCAUCUAGUAAUUUUUCUUCUUUUGAAAAGGAAUACAGCAAUGAGAAUGAUGGCGCUACAGAAUUAUCUGCAUUCAACACUCCAGUGGAGAGUAUUCCGGCAUUAAAAGGUAUACCUAGAUCUACCCUAGAAGAGAAUGAAGAGGAUGAUGUUCUAGUGCAGGAUAUUCCAAAUACAGCUCACUUUCAAAGAAGGGAUACUAUGGGUGUAGUAGAUACUCAUAGGAAAGAUGACAGUUCAGAUUUCAGCUCCUUAAUGCCACACGGUAGUACUACAAGUAGCAGUAUCGUGGAUUCUGUAAUGACAAACUCAAUAUCCACCACAACAAGCAACGCAACCGGCAACUAUUUCCAAGAUCAAGAGAAAUAUACAUUAGUAAACACGGGGCUGGGGUUGAGUGAUGCAAAUCUCGAUCAUUUUAUCAGAUCUCAAUUGAAGCACGCUUCUCGAUCAGAACCUAACAAUAUGAGUAAUCGCGUUUCUUACAGUGGCUCCAUGCCGAACAAUAGUGAUACAGCAAGGGCUAAUUUGCAAGUGUAUACUGAAUUUGAUUUUGAGAAUCCAGAAUCGUUUUUUCAUGAACAAUCAAAAUUACUGGGUGAGAUGGCUCAGAGCAAUAACAACAGCAAUAGUGCUGUCAAUAUGAAUGAACCAAAGUCUGCGGAUACAUACAUAGGUAAUAUAUCCCCGGACACCUCGGCAACUGUUUCAUUGGGCGACUUGAUGGGUUCGAACGUUUCAAAUAACAGUGAAAGAAACUUUUACGAUGGCCACACUUUUGUUCCGCAGUACAAACCAAGCACAUCUGUAGAGAAUUCAAAUAAUCAAAAUUCAGCACUGAUUACGAAUAACGACAUUGACAAUAAUUUACAGUCUUUUUAUUUUGAUAAUGACAACUAA